UAAAACCAGAUACUCCUGACCUUAAGGCGCCUGGGUUUGUUUGAUACAAUGUUAGAUUGUAUUUUUUUAAUUUUUAAUUUUUUUAUUUUGUAUUUCUUAAUUCUGACAUUAAAUUGCUUUGGCAAUGUCUAAACUAACAUUAAUUUAUUCAUUUACUUAUUUGAGUCCAGUGGAACCAAGUGGGACAGAAAACAGAGCGACUCCUUUAUUUUACCUCCUGCAGUGAGUUUACACGGUGGUCACGUGACCGCAGCUUUAACGCCGACGUCACAGAAGCGGAGCUGCGUACCGAGUCGUUAUCCAACCGCGACACCAAAUGCGCCAAAACUCAACCCGCCGUCGUAGAGAAGGACCCUCCGUGUCUUGGCCUGUCAGCGGGGCAGUAAAGUAACCUGAGGGCAGUAGAGUAACCUGAGGGCAGAGUGAUGCCGCCCGGCUGUCGGUGAAACGGCGGAAAGCUGGUGGGACAGACAUGGCCGCCCGGUAGAGGUUGUUCUGGUCGCGCUUUGAUUCAGAUGUGUUGCUGGUAGAAACAUGGAGAAACCAAGAACCUCAGACGGAGCAGAGCUGGAAGAGUCAACAGGCCUGGUGGAGGACGGUGAUUUGCUUCAAGGUGCUGAAGGUGGGAAGGUGGAUUCUCGGACACUGAGGAAGAGCAGCUCCUCCCGCUCUUCCCGUAAGAGUUUCCGUCUGGACUACCGACUGGAGGAGGAGGUGACGAAGUCCUGCCGGGAUAAACAUGGUCGCUGGACAAACCCCUGGCCAACAUGGCGCUUCCCGUCGUACUCUAUGCUGUUCAGAUUUCUGGUGCUGGAUACAAAUCACAGCAAUGUGCCGACAAGCAAAGAGGUCCUGGACAGUGAACUCCCAGUAUUGGAGCCCUACUUUGUCCAGAAUCCAGACGCGUUGGACUCUCAUGCUGGAAUGAGGGUGACCUGGCUGGGCCAUGCUACAGUUCUGGUCGAAAUGGAGGGGGUCAACAUCCUGACUGACCCUAUUUUCAGCCAGAGAGCAUCAUUUCUUCAGUUCGUGGGGCCCAAACGAUACAGAGGACCCCCCUGCACAGUGGAACAGCUGCCGAGGAUCGAUGCCGUCCUCAUCAGCCACUCUCAUUACGAUCACCUGGAUGCUGGAUCUGUUGCCAGCCUUAAUGCACGCUUUGGAGGGGAACUACGCUGGUUCGUGCCCCUGGGCUUGAUGGACUGGCUGGCCAAGAUGGGCUGUGAGAACGUGAUGGAGCUGGACUGGUGGGAGGAAAACUGCAUCCCGGGUCACGACAACGUCACGUUUGUCUGCACUCCCUCUCAGCACUGGAGCAAACGGACAGCGUGGGACGAUAACAGGUCUUUAUGGGGUAGCUGGUCUGUUUUGGGUCCCAACCAUCGAUUCUUCUUCGCCGGCGACACAGGCUACUGUCCGUCCUUCCAGGAGAUCGGACGCCGCUUUGGGCCAUUCGACUUGGCAGCAAUCCCAAUCGGAGCGUACCUGCCCAGGGAUGUGAUGAAGGGACAGCAUGUGGAUCCAGAGGAGGCGGUUCAGAUUCAUCAGGACCUUCAGGCCAAACAGUCUGUAGCCAUACACUGGGGGACCUUCGCUCUCGCCUAUGAGCACUACCUGGAGCCGCCGGUCCGCCUCAGAGAGGCCCUGGAGCAGAGAGGACUGAAACCAGAGUCCUUCUUCACGUUGCAUCAUGGGGAGUCCCGGCUCAUCGCCACACAAGACAGAGACGUCUUCGAUUGACGUCUGCUAAAACAAACCGUGCUCCAUAUCAAGUUCAUUAAAAGACUGAAGAUUUGAGCUCAGCCUAAGUAAAAAUGAAUGUUUUAUGGUGCAGACAUGAACUGUUUGUACAACAGUUUGUUAAAGGAUCCCACUUUGAUGUAAGGUGAUUCACCUUGAGUCAUAAGAUAAAAUACUAUAGACACUAUUUGUUAAAAAAAAAAAGAAUCCACUGUGAGAUUUAUUGCAGACAUGACAGGAAGAGAUGACUUACAUGCUCUUUGAACCCUGAGGAGGAAAAAUAAAACGAGUCGGAGCAGAAAAGGUUUCACAGGUCAGGAGUUAAAGUUAAAACUCAUCUCUUCCCUUUUCAGAUUGUGUUGGUUUAAAACUCGAGCUUCACCUUGUAACUUUAGAUUCCUACAUAAAGCGUGUGGUUCUUUGAGAUGAGUGCUGCCAUAUAGGAGUAUUUUUUUGUUGUUUUUCUUUCUGAAUGUGCUACAGCCAAUCCAGAACUGCUGCCUGUGAUGUUUACGUUCAGCUGCAAAGUCCUGAUGAGACUUUUUGUGAAAAACGUGCUGAUGUUGAGCUGGGCUCAACUGGAAAAUGCUUUUGUUGCAGCUUCAGCUAUUUGUUCUUUUUUUGUGCUGUGAAAACAUCUCACUAACAGGAAGGUCCAAAGAGCCUUUCUCUACAAACUUUUACUUCACUGUCCUCUUAUGGCCGUAUAACUACAAGUGCAUGCCAUUUAAUACUGCAAGAACUUGUCAGAUUUGUGCAAUUGGUUUUUUUUUCCUACAUCUCUUGUUAGUAUGUUGAAUUACUUUCAACAGGUCUGUAGUUUGACUAAAGAACCAUUUCUGCCUGAAAUAAAUAGACUGCCAAAACCCUAAAACACAAAGUUGUCAAAUCUGGACUAAUUAAAAAAAGUCUCAAAUCUGUGAAAGCUUUAAGAAUGAAAGUUUUAUGAAGCUGAAUUUCAAAAGUGAAUGUUUUCCUUUUUUUAAAAUUCUCUUUAGUUACAAAUAAUUGUAUUUUUCUAGGAAACAAACAUUUGGGUCUUCAAUUGCAGAAAUCAAGAGGUCAAAAAUAAAAUCACUGUUGACUCAGUUGAAUGAUG